AAGGGGUAAAAAUGCGUUCUUCAGUUAACGCUGCUCGAGUUAUAUGUUUUGGUUUGUAGCGGUUGCUUUGAAAAAGCGCUUUUGUUUUAAUACAAUAUUUACGGUGUGGCAUAAUCAGUUUUGGAUCCUUUUUUUUGUUGUGUAAGUUUAUUCAUAUCAAAAUUACGUAUCAUUUCAUGAUAUAUUUCUUCGAAAAAGUUGGAAAUCUAGUCGUUUGAAAUGAAGCGUGUGAAAUGCUAUGGCAAAACUGAGACUACUAAUGUUGACUCAUCAUUUAAAAGAAAAUUCUUUGGGUCAUUUGAUUUCAGAAAUUCCAAUGAGCAUAACAGCGUUCAAGAAUUUCAACAGGAAAGUAGUUCUUUUACUAGUGUUACCUCAACUUCUGAUUAUACUGAUAUUCAUUCUCCUGAAUUAUUUGCAUCAUGUACUGAUUUUGGUGAUGGAAGCUUACUUACUUAUAGACGCAGUUCAAGGAAAGUAAGAAGGAAAAGAAAAUAUUGUAAAUUUUCUGGUGCACACAAAGACUAUCUGCUGAAAAAGGUUGUUGAACCAUCUAUUUCUUCUUCUUUCAUCAAGUUGCAGCCAGUAUCUACUAGUAGAAAAGCAAGGAAACAUAUAAAAAAAAAUAAAACCUACAAAAUACCCUAUAAGCGAUACAAUUCUAAAAGAUAUAACCAUAAAACAAGUCGACGUCAUAGUCUUAACAAACAUUCCUUAAUACCUAUUCAGCCCAGUUGUUCAUAUUUUUUUGAAAAUCCCUCAUCUGUAAUAAAUACAGGUAUGAAGGAAAGAAACAAGAAAGGCAGUGUUAAAAAAAAACAACUAAUUAAUAAUGACAAUGAUGUUGCUGCUUCUUAUUGCUGUAAUAUGGACAUGACUCCCUCUUUUAGUCCUAAACAGCCCAAUUGGUCAAGCAUAAAUGCACAUUCUUUAUAUAUAGAAAUGCCAGUAAAAAAGAAAAAGUGGGUUCUUUCUGAAGAAUUUUAUUCUAAUGUAUAUUCUUUUGAAACAGAAAAAGCAUCAAAAGAAGAGGAAAAGAUGAUUCUUUCUAAUGAACAAAGCAUUUCUGGUGAAAUUCAUGUUCAGCCUGAAGGAUCAAAUAACAGUAAACAUCUUGCUCUUGAAAAAUAUAAAAUACAAGAUGAACUUUAUACUGCAAGAAAUGAUAAUUCUUUAAAGCUAAGUAAUAAUUUUAAUGUAAAUUCUUUGGAAACUGUAGGCAGUAAACUUAAAACUGCUAAGAAUAUUUCAAAAAAUGCCAGCCUUUGUAAAAAGUCUGCUGCCAUUAUUGGUACUGACUUGGCAAUUGGCCAAAUUCAUCCUGAGAUGGCUAGUGCAGAUAAUCCAAGUACAGAUGAUAAUGAAGCUUCAAAUUUCUGUGGAAUGUUUUCUGAAAAAUUAAAUUUUAAUGAAACUAUUGUAAAUAAAGGUGAAAAUGCAUCUAAAGAUAAAAGUGUAGGGAUUUACAAAAAGACAGGUGAAAGUAAGAUUAGUAAUGAAGAUUUUUUGGGCUCUCUACGCACUAAUAUCACAGCCAGUAAGACUAUUUCUGAAAAUAAGGAUAUUUUCAAAAGAGAUAAAGAAAAUGAAUGCUUGUUUAAGAAAAAUACUGAUUGUUUUUAUUCUUCAACUCCACUUACAUCUCCCUCGACCUUGACUACCAAAGCAAAAGAUUUUGUUUUUGCUAGAGCAUUUAGCCCUGUCUCACAGAAGGACCAGUUUACAACAAGUACACCAACUCAGUCAUCCAAAUUAAUAAGUGAUCUCUUUGACUCUUCCUUUAAACAUCUAAAAUGUCCAUCAACCAAAAUGAGCUCAUCUUUGUUGUCAAGAGGAAACAAAAGCCACAUCUCAUUUAUAAACAUUUCACAUAAUUAUCAAAAUAGAAGAGAGCAGUCAUCUCUGGGAGGAAGUCAUUUAAACUUGUUUAAAAAGGAGUUACGUUCUUCAGUAGCUAGCACCAGUACUGGCAGUAACUUCAAAUCUACCUUAUCUAAGCUGUUAGAAUUCUGUGGCCAAACAAAAAUAAUGCCCUUCAGCCAGGUUUAUGAUUGGAGCCAUACAACUGUUAAAAAAAUUGGUGAAGGAACUUAUGGAGAAGUUUUUAGUCUUGUUCAAAAAAAAAUAUCUUCAGUUAUUAAAGUAAUUCCCUUUUCCGAAGAUAAUGGAGAUAAUUCUAUGCAAAGUAUUGAAACUGUAUUAUCCGAAGUAACAGUUUCAAAAUGUUUGAGUGAACUGCGAAAUAAUAGAAAUUACAAGACGAGGAAUUUUAAUAAGCUGAAAAGUGUACGUUUAGUGAAAGGAUAUUAUCCAGAUCAAAUGCUUGUUGCCUGGGAUAAAUAUAGUGAUACCAAAAGCACUUACAAUUCUAGGCCAGAUAUCUUUAAUGAGCAGCAGAUGUUUGCUGUGAUUGAAUUGGAAUACGGAGGAAAAGAUAUGACAUGUUUUGUACUGAGAAAUGCUGCAGAAGGUGAAAGUGUAUUCAAACAAAUUGCAAUAUCUCUAGCCAUAGCUGAAGAAGCUCUAUUAUUUGAACACAGAGACCUACAUUUGGGAAACAUUUUAGUGCAAAGAAAUUCCAGUAAAAAUAUCUCGUACGUUUUAGGAGGAAAAUCAUUUUCCAUUCCAAAUCAUGGAUUAGUUGUUACAAUAAUUGAUUUCACGUUAUCCCGUGUCUUUCAUGAAGGCUGCAUAUUUUAUAAUGAUAUUGACGCCGAUGAUUCAUUAUUUAAUCAGUCUGGUGACUACCAGUUUGAGAUAUAUAAGGAAACAAAACUUCUGUUGAACAAUGAAUGGCAUAAGUGUCUGCUGUAUUCUAAUAUUCUUUGGCUAACAUAUGUGUGCGUCAAGUUGUUGGAGUAUAACUACAGUCGUCCAUCUAGUAAAAAACACGAAGAAAGUUUGAAGAAUAUAGCUCAAUAUCAAGAGAAAUUGAGAUCUUGUCAAAAUGCAUAUGAGUGUCUAUCAAAAUGUAGUAUUUGUACUACACUUCCUGAAAAGGCACCAAUCUCUGCCACGAAAAUGUCAAUGAGAGCAAAAUAUGUUGAUCGCAAGUCUUUGCAAAAAUCCACUCUGCGUCGUGCUUCUAGUGUUGCAUAAAAUUAUAUCAUAUCUUCAUCAUUAAAAGUACUUUAAACUUAAUACUAAGUCAUAACAUUUCAUUGCUUUUUAUCAUAAAUUUAUUUCUAAGAAAAAAUUCCCCUGCAUUACUCUGUCAAAUAAAUUACGGUGUUUUAAUGUUUCUUAUACGCAUCAUUUUGAUAUUCUUUGGAGUGCUUUUAUAAAUUCAUGUUUAAAUGUUUAUUACAGAGAAAAAAGUGUCAAAGGAAAAACAUGUAAUGCAAAACAAUUUUUCAUUUUAUUUCAUAUGCAUUUUUAUAUUUUGUGAAAAACCACAUUAUAAUCCAUAUUCUGUAUUGUUUUAAAAUUAAUAAUAAUAAAAACAUUUAAAAAAUAGCAGUGGA